CUCUCUAUCUAUCUGAAACCAUCACGAUCUUCAUCUCUAAAGUAACGAUCUUCUAUUUUCUUUUGUAAACGAAUAUGAUCCUCUCGACUCUCUACGCUUUGAUUUUUUUUCCUUUCUCUGUUAGGUUUUUCUCUCCUUGUAAAAUCAUCUAUCAUGACUGGAGGAGAGUAUGCAAAAGUAAACAUAACUUGCAAUGACUCAGUUGUUAAAAUCCUUGAUCCUUGUUCUAUGGCUGAAGUAUCCACAAAAGUUUCAGAAAUUCUUAAGAAAUCAUCCGAUCCCGAAGUCGUUUGUACUCUGGAUGUCUCUAGUGAAAUCAUGAGGAAGAUUGUAAACAUUGAAGGAAACUAAUGAACACCUUUAUAAAUAUUCAUAUAAGAGUUCUGUUUCCCACACCAGAAAGACAGCUUAUAACACAUGCUUGUUGGAGCUUCUUCUUUCAAAGCAACUAUCAACCAGAAGAAGAUUCCUACAAACCCUUCUCCACUAAGGAUGAGAAGUGGAUCCGCGAGGAAUUCAACAAAAAAGAAGAAGAUCCUAAGAAGCUCUUCGAGCUUUUCAAGGCUUCAGAGUACCUUGGAUUUGUACAUCCAAGUCGUUUGAUCAGAAGGAUGGAGACGAAGAACAGUAUAUUCAUCACAUUUAUUUAUAAUCCUUCAUUAAUGACGGGUUCAUGGACGAACUACCUACGAAGCCCUCCAAUGAAAGGCUUAUGCUACUUUGGGUUUUUGUUUUGCAAGUCUUUACAAUUUUCAUAGCCAUCUUUUUUCCUUUGUAGCUCACUUUAGAAGAACUUUAGAAUCGUGUAUCGUUUAUCUGAUACCGUUUGCUUCACAACAUACGUUGAGUCGAUAAAUUGAUUGUUUUUAUUUUAUGUUUUUAUCUGUUUUUUGCCAUGAGA